AUGUCGUCGGAACUGGUCGCAGCAACAGCAACACAACGAUACAACGUCGACGAGCCGAGGUGGGAUCAGAGUAAAUUUUUGGGGCGUUUGCGUUAUUUUAUGGCCAUCACUGAUCCACUGAAAGCAUUUGCCAGUCGCCAGACACUUCAGGAUAGCAAGCGACUUCUCGAACUGUACAGGCAAGGGCGCGAACCGGCCGGGACUGGUGUGGCGGAUUUGCAGCGUGCCCAGGCGUUCUAUGGCUCGGCUUUCCAUCCAGACACCGGUCAGCUGCAGACGUUGCCCGGUCGCAUGUGCGCAAAUGCAUGGGGUGGAACAAUGCUGUGCGGUGCAAUGAUGCUCUGGUACCGAAGCACCGGUGCGGCAGUGUUCUGGCAAUGGGCCAAUCAGUCAUUCAAUGCACUGGUCAACUACACAAAUCGGAAUGCACUCGACCCGCUUUCGAAAAAGGACCUACUGGUUGCUUAUACAUCGGCGGUAACCGGUGCUUUGGCUGUCACGGUUGGCUUGAAGAACUAUCUUGAAAAGCGCGCAUUUGCACCACUGUUGCAACGCUUCGUUCCACUGGUUGCUGUGGCAGUUGCGAAUGCUAUCAAUAUACCACUCACUCGACAAAAGUAA